AUGCUUCAACGGCCACCCCAGCUUGCCGGUGCUCCUGUUCUAUUGAGCAUGACGGAACUGCCCUACGCGUCGAGUCUCGAAAUGGCGUGCCGACAGCUGCCGGCAACAGCCGCCUUCGGCACUGCAGCGGAGCGGCUGCUGGGAUUGGCCCUGACCGAGGUCCCUGUGAACCAACUCCAUCCGCAAAGUGUGGAAGCCAAAGCCCGGCUACUACGAGCGAUGGCCCAGGUCAUGGGCGGCGAUGCUGCUCAGCUUUGCAAAGCACUGCGGCAGCAGAUCCUGCCUUCCCUGCGCACAGCUGCCCAGGUGCAGGAAAACUUGUUCUUCAUGCGCAUGGUGCUCGCUAUUCUGCAUGCCGUCCUUCCGACGCAUGGUGAUGCAAGUCCUGCUAUCUCCUUGUGGCGGGACUACUGGGAUGUUUUGGAAAAUGCGCUUCUUCAUCAGCCAUGUCAUAUC